AUGCGAAAAGUAGUCGAUAAAGCUCGUGUACGACUCUGUAGACGUUUGGUGAGACAGCAAAAAACUUUGAAAGAGUCAAAAAACGAGAAGAAAAAACGUAAAACAGAGCGAUUAGUGGAGGAGUUCAAAGCUUGCAAGGGGUUACGGCGUGACGACGUUUCGAAAUUUGCACUUCUCAAUUUGAAAUCCCUGAAGGAUCUAAAUAUACGAGGUAGCACACCAGUACAAGAACGUUUAUUAUACAAACUCGCCAGCGAACAGCUAAUAGUCGAUUGUGUCGCUGAAUUCCGUAGGCAGUAUCCUGAAUGGAAUCUGCAAGCACCAUUUCUACUUCAACGGCUUGGAUUACAAUACCGUUGGAAGCGAAAACCAGUUAAGGCGACCAUAUCAAACGAAGACAAAUCAAAUGAACAAAUCACUCAUGAUAGUGACGAUGGUGGCGAUACAGAAAAGGAGUUAUCAGAUAAUGAAAAUAUUGAAGAAGUUACUCAAAUUAAACAGGUGCCAAAAAAUGAGUUAAAAAAGGAGAUUGUGCGCGAAAAAGUGGCCGAACUCGUGGCGAAGAAAGUGAAAAAUGUGGCACGAAAAGAAGAGAGUCACAUAAAGAAGACGAAGAAAAAACAGCAAAAAGCAGGCAUAACACUGGAAAAAAGUAAAAUUGAGCUACCGAAACCAAUCAUAGCACCAAAUGCACUUCGACGAGGUCAGGGGAUCAUCAGGAAAUUGAUAAUGGAUGGAUCGAAUGAUAAUAAUAACAAUGAUACUGAUGAGAUAGAUGCGGUCAGUUCUGGUGAAUCGCACGUUAUUGUAUCAACAACACAGCGAGGCGAAGGUGAUGAAGAAGAGAAACAUAGGAAUGAAGAUGAGCAUUGGUUGUUCAAAACGGCGAGUGCUUUUCAGUUGGAACCCUCUGAUCAACAACAACAAGAACAUUUGAGAACAAAACAAAAGUAUCUAUCAAACAAAUCCAAAUUGCGCUCUCAAUCAGAUGCAGUCCAUCCGUCAUGGGCCGCCAAACGACGAGAAACGGAACGAAUCGCUGAGUUGAGUAAACUGGCCAAAAAGGGCAAAAAAGUUGUUUUUAAUGAUGAUGAUUAA